AUGGGGAUUGUUCUGGAGAAUUUGAUCUCCCAGACGCCAAAGGGCCGGGCCAGCAGCCUGCCCACUACCUCUGGCGGCAAGUUCUUCCAGCUCUGGGACCUAGGACUCUUCUGCAGCGAGCGCCACCUGGCCACGCGUCUCAAGAACAACAGUUUCUACCCGUUCACGCAGCAGCAGCCAGACGUCUUUGUCCUCGAGUACUACCUCGACACGUUGUGGAAAGGGACGCUGCUCUUCAUCGUCUGCGUGAUCCUGGUCAGCUUCAGCUCCCUAAGACAGGUGCAGGAGCAGGAGACUUGGGGCUUCCCUAUGUAUGGCAUGGGCGUGGGCCUGUGGCUCAUCAUCUCGUCGCUGCCGCGGCGCCGCCUGGUGCUCAACCACACGGGCGGCAUGUACCACUUCUCCAUACAGGGCCGCACCGUGAGCCAAGGCCCCAUGCACCUGGUCUACGUGCGCCUGGCGCUCAGCUCGGAUGCCCACGGGAGGUGCUUCUUUCAGCUGGUCCUUGGCGGCCACAGGCUGGAGCCGCUGGUGCUGGUGCAGCUGUCAGAGCGCUACGAGCAAAUGGAAUACUUGGGCCGUUACAUCGCUCGGAAACUCAACAUUAACUACUUCGACUACCUGGCCAUGUCCUACCGGCACGUGGUCCGCCACUGGCCGCUGGGGGCCGCUUUCAGCCCCGGCAUCGUGUUGCGCAAGAACCCCGUCUACGACAGGGACAGGCUGAGCCUCUCUCAGUCCGACCUGGAGGUGUGA